UAACACCGGCAUUUGCUCUUCUCCAUCAAACCGCCUCAUUUCUUUCUCCCUGAUUUUUCCCUUCGAGCGACCAUGUCGAGUACUGAACAGCCUGAGCACAGAAAACAAGAAGCAGAAGAGGAGACCACCGGAGGAGCGGCGGACGACGAGGACACUGGAGCAGAGGUUGCUCCGAUCGUCAAACUUCAAGAAGUUGCCGUCACCACUGGGGAAGAAGACGAAACCGUCCUUCUCGAUCUGAAAUGCAAGCUUUACAGAUUUGACAAGGAAGGAAACCAAUGGAAAGAGAGAGGUGUUGGGACUGUGAAGCUUCUCAAACACAAGGAAACCGAAAAGGUCAGGCUUGUGAUGCGCCAAUCCAAGACCCUUAAGAUCUGUGCCAACCAUCUUGUGCUUGCUUCUACAUCGGUACAAGAGCAUACCGGGAAUGACAAAUCUUGUGUUUGGCACGCCACUGAUUUCUCUGAUGGAGAGUUGAAGGAAGAGCUUUUUUGCAUUCGAUUUGCUUCUGUUGAGAACUGCAAAACUUUCAGGGAAAAGAUUGAAGAGAUUGCUGAAUCUCUAGAAAAGAAGGCUGAAGAGAGCGAAGAGACUAAAUCUGCUACUGACCUCUUGGAGAAGUUGAAUGUGGGGGAAAGCAAAGAUGAAGAGGGAACCAAGGAAGCAGCCUCUGCAUCUGCAGAGGUGGAAAAAGAUGAGAGUGCUCAGCAGGAAAAGCCAGAAUCUGAUAAGUAGGAUGAUUGGGAUUUGAUUUAAUGAAAUGGGUCGGGACUGUGGUUUGAGAGAGUUUCUCCUUCAAUCUAUUGGUGGUUUCAUGAUUGAUAAUUUUUUCCCCCUCAGAUUCGAAUAUGUUUGCUAUUUUGGGUUGAUGGUUUAGGCUGUGGUUAUUCUAAAUGUUGGUUUGGUUUAGUGUAAUUGGCUUCAUUUUGUAAGAUUGACCAGUUUUGUUAUGUUACCCUGAAACUAUUAUUUUUGUUUAAAUAUAAGUUGUGAAAUUACUGUUGGCAUUUCUA